AUGCGCAUGGCCAAUACCAGACCUGUCGCUUACGGUGGAUGCUCCCUCUCUGUCGCUGUAAGCGCAGCCUGUGCAACCACUAAACCCUCCCUUGACCUCUACUCAAUUGUUGGUCAUUUUCAUGGGCCCGUCUCCCCCAAUGAAAAGCUUCUCUGCACUGUCGAAAACAGUAGAGACACUCGUUCGUUUUCAACAAGACGAGUUCGAGUUCACCAGAAACAACCCGACGGCACGUCUCGUACUUGCCUCGAUGUUUUAGUUGACUUCCAUACCCGAGAGCCAUCGUCCCUAGACUACUCCGCUAGUCCCGUCAUGGCUUGGCCGAAGGCCGAGGACUGUCCUACUGGCUUUGACAACCUCUCAAACCUACAGGCCAGAGGUGCUGCGAGCGAUGAUGAGCUCAAAGAAUACCGUCAAACCCUCCGUCAACAUGAAAAGUUUAUCGAAACACGAAUUUGCCCAAACGGCGUGUCCGGACAGAAUCUUUCUGGGGUGGCCUCCAAAGUGCCCACAACCCAGGAUCACUUGCCAGUGACUUCCAAAAGGUCCGCUGAAUGGUCCCGCUCACGGUCGCCGCUACGUACCUUAAACGAGAACCUCGCGGCAGCUGCUUUUCUCAUGGAUGGCACAUGUUCGUUCGUUCCGUUGACUCAUGAUCACAUGUGGUUUCAAGACGUCACAGCCUGCUCUUCAAUUGACGUGGCGCUGAGAUUCUUUACAAAAGAAGUCAACUUUGAGAAUUGGCACAUUGUGGAGAGGAAUGCCAUCAGAGCAGGGGGAAACAGAACCUUUGCGGAGUCACGGAUUUGGGACAACAAGGGUAAUUUGAUAGCUCAUAUGAGCCAGCAGAGUAUAAUGAGGUUAAAGAAAGACGUCAUACAAUCUAACUUGUAG